AUGAGUGCCCAACCACCACAGCCAAACCCGCUCAUCCAUGGUUACCACUCUAAGGAGGCAUAUUCAUAUUCAAAGGAAGACUCAGACGCCAUCAUCAAGACCACUAGCUACCACAGGAAGGACUUCGAACUCGCUGUCAUUUGGUUCCCGCCUCGGACACACACCAACGUUGCCGCAUCGCUGGCAGCCGAAUACCGCGAGCCAACCACAUCGCUCGGAGACCUCGACAAACUCCCUCUCGAGCUCAUUACCAAUGUCUGUCUACAGUUGGAUAUUGCGUCGUUGUUUCAGUUGCGCCAGGUUAACGCGCGAGGACAACAGAUCGUCAAUGCGCUUCACGAGUAUCGGGUCAUCACCAAGCACGCCUUGAAUGCUUUCUUAGCGUUACUCAAGACGCGAACAACACCGUGCGUCACUUUGGGGGAAUUAUAUCGCAACCUCUGCACGCAAGACUGUUCGCUUUGCGGAGGAUAUGGCAACCUCGUCUACUUGCCCACCUGGACACGAUGCUGCUCAGCUUGCCUGCGUAAGGACGCCUCAGAGAUCCGCUCUACGAACGCCGCCGGUGCGAAACGUCACUUAAACCUGUCAAAAAAGGCUUUCGAGAGCCUCCCUCGUCUCUUAACCCUCCCGGGUACCUACACUAUGGACGCGCGUUCUCGCUCAGGCCGAGUGAACCUUGUUCCCACUGAGUAUGCUCUAUCAGCAUUCCGUGACGAUAACGCCGGCACCGAGCCUACCACCGACAUGAAAAACAAGAUCACCAUGCCGAUUGUCUGCCAAGACACGCUCAAGCCCAUGCAAGCUUUCAUGGCGUGCUGCGCGUUGCCUAGCUAUAACCCGAGGACUAAUGAAGUCGAGCGCGAAGUUUCUUGCGCAGGGUGCCAAAAGUAUAAGGAGAGAUCGGGCGGCCGUCGUGAAGAGCCAUGGGCUGGUCCUGCUCGUGACAGAGUCUACUCGCAUACUGGGUUCUUGGCACAUUUCACAUGGUGUGAACACGCUCAGUCAUUGUGGAAAGACAGCAAUGGUGGCACAAUUACACCAUCGAGACUCCCUUAUUUAUGCAAGAUGGGUGGAUUUCUCACCCCCCGGUUCUAG